GAGAGCUAUUAGCUGUGCGCUGCAAACAUCAUUAGGAGGGGAGACGCUUUCCACCGCCAGCGCCGGAGCAGAGCAGGGGAGCCCUGGCAACAAGGAGAGACACAAACUCAGCAGCCCGUUACACCCUACAGGAAUGGUGACAGCGCCUGCAGACAAACAGACGUGGACAGACAGGCACCCGGAGCGCUGCCCUCCCAUUGGUGGAGAGAUCCAGACUUCACAGCAGGAAGUGCAGCUCCAGUCGGUUGUCAGCUCUCCACUGAGCAGCAGGCCCCACCUCCUCCACCCAGGAAGCUCUGCCCCCCCGCUCAGGGAGUGCUGAGUCCCUGAGUCAACGCACUGCAUUUUGGGAAAGUCUGGAACCCUCUCCAUGGGCUGUACCACCUGCUGACAAACCAGGGGGGUCUGGAGGAGUUGAAUGAGGAUUGUGCUGGGUGUGGGCAGGCUUGCUUUUGCAAGGAAAUGAUUCCGCAUGAAGUGCGACGCACUCGGCCCCCCGUCGUCCUCGGCGGCAGCAGCAGGUGUGACGUCGUGACUCUCUCCCCUCCAGCUCUGAGCUCACCCUCCAGCCGCUAAACACCUCUGGACCAAACAGACCGCCCUACCCCCCCUCUCCCCCCACCCUCCAACCCCCCUCUCCAUAUCUUCAUCUCCAUCUUUAAUCCCUCCUCACCUGCUUGUUAGGGUCUGGAUUUUCCUUAUCACCCUGAUAAACAUCGGGCUUUGGUGAACAAGAUAGAAAGAGAGUAGAGAUUUGGAAUUCAUAGCUUAUUACGACGAGACAAGUGAUGGAUCAUCAAAAGUGAGAAAAAGGAAGGAAAGUGAAAUAAAAAGUCAGAAAUAGAAAAGAAAAGCAAUAGAAGGCCAAAAGUUAAGGAACGAUAAGCAAGUACAGUUUAGGGACGUGAGGCGUAGUCAGCAUGAAGUCCAAUCAGGAACGCAGUAAUGAAUGUCUGCCCCCAAAGAAGAGGGAGAUCAUCUCAAGCACAUUACCCUCUGAACUCCGCUCCCCCAACAUCCCCCCCGCCAGUGACAGCCAGCGCACAGAGAACAUGGCCUGGCUGGCCAGCGUGGCUGCUGGGAAUGAGAGUGGAGUGGGCGGUCACCGUAGCUCCAGUCAGUCGGACAGCCUGCAGUAUAAAUCCCUCUUCUCCACCUCGGACUCUUCAUCCUCCUCACUGAGUCUCGUCUCAUCUCUUCCUACAGUGUAUACGUCCGCCCUGUCACAGUCCACUGUUGGAGGAACUGUCCACUACGCCCAACUGCCUCCCAACCUGCAGUUCAUAGCCUCACCCUACAGUGCCCCAUACGCGAGCUACAUCUCCCCUCAAUUGCUUCCGCCUCCUCCUCCACCUCCCCCCCUCACCUCCUCUUCGUCCUCCUCUUUGGCCGCGCAGAGACACUCGUACACAGAGACAGUGUCUGCUCCUUCGCACGCCUCCAAACACGACCAGCAGAGAGCGUCCUCGGCACGCGCCUCCAUGCCUCCGCCUUCGACAGACCUCUACCCUCACCAAGUUCAGAUGUCAACGUCAACACGGACUGUGCCGUCACCUCAUUACCAAGGAGGCGUCCACCUUCCUCUCCAGUCACUGCACCCCCACCAUUCUUUGGGACAUGGGAUGUCCCAGCUUGUGGUGCAGUAUUCGGACGGACCCACAAGGAAAGAUGAAGGUGGCUCCAGACACAGAGAGCACCACAAUGGAGAGCUGGAAAGGGGUCGGCGGUUUGGAAUGUCCCCCGAGUCCAACCUCUCUAAGCCAGGGAGCAAAUCCCGGGACGCCACAUUGUCUUUGUCCUCUUACGAGGCCCGCCAGCUGGUUCUGCACUCAGACUACGCCACUCACGAUCACUCAGGGCUGAGAACCUCGUUCAUGCUGAUGCCCAACAGCCAUGGGGACCACCAGCUGGUACAACACAGAGCCGGCAACGAGAAGCUGACAACCUGUGCCCCCGCACACCUGGAGAAAGGUGGCAUCAUCCUGGGCAAGCCUGUCAAUCGCACAACCUCCUCCUCCAACACCUCCUCCUCUUUCACGUUUGCAUCCCCAUUAAGUGUGGACAGCCUGAAAGCUGCUGUCAGCACACUGUCACCUCAGACCGUCAUCCAGACCACCCACAGUGCCACAGAGUCACUGUCAAUGGGUCUCCCCUCCUCCAGUAUCUACCCUCAGCCACCUAUAAUUGGGUACAUAGCAGGGGGCGCUGGGAGCCAUACGCCGAUCAGCUAUCACACCAGCCUACAACAACACUUACUCAUUCCUGGCACCCAACCAGUCAUUAUCCCUGUAAGUGGAAGUGGAGUGGCCACAUUGGAACCUGUAACCUCCCAAGUAACAUCAUCUAGCCAAGCCGCCUCGUUUCCUACCAGACUCCCACACACAUACAUUGCGGCCCCCAAAGGAGAAACUCUAGAGCACCACGGCGGCUCGUAUCACCAGAGCGUUUCAGGUGCAGUGGUCCAAGCCCAGCUUCAUCUCCCCAUUUUUCCCGCUCCGCCAGGGGUGGUCGCGACUUCUGCUCCUCCUUCCUCAUCCAGUACGGGGGCGCCCCCAUCACUCCCCCCUUAUUUCAUCAAGGGCUCCAUCAUCCAGCUGGCCGACGGGGAGCUGAAACGUGUGGAGGACCUGAAGACGGAGGACUUUAUCCAGAGCGCUGAGAUCAGCAGCGACCUGAAGAUCGACUCGUCCACAGUGGAGCGCAUCGAAGGGAGCCCCGCCUCACACAACUUCGCUGUGGUGCAGUUCUCCGUUGGGGAGCACCGUUCACAGGUGAGCGUGGAGGUCCUGGUGGAGUACCCCUUCUUUGUGUUCGGCCAAGGCUGGUCUUCAUGCUGCCCAGACCGGACCACGCAGCUUCUGGAGCUGCCUUGCACCAAGCUCUCUGUGGGCGACGUUUGUAUUUCCCUCACCCUGAAGAACCUGAGGAACGGAUCCCUGAAGAAGACCCAGCCCCUGGAACUGGUUACCCCUUCCUCUGGUUACCUCAAACCCCCCAGAGCUGUCUCAGAGCGGGAGAACGGCAUCAGCCAGCGAGGGAGCGCUGCCAGUGGGAAUGGAGGCACCAACGUGGGAAACGGGGAUCUCAUGUUUGGGGAAAGAGGGGCACUUUCUAAAGGUCAGGUUUCCAGCAGUGCACAAGCUGGCGCCAGCAAGCCAUCAGGAAGCAGGAAGAGGAGAUGGUCUGCUCCUGAAGGUCGGAAAGUAGACAAAUCAGAGGAGGAGCCACCUUUGACCCUGCCCAAACCUUCCUUCAUCCCCCACGAGGUGAAGGUCAGCAUCGAGGGAAGGUCAAAUAUUGGCAAGUGAAGCGCAGGACUGUAUAUUCAUCCAUUGGGAUUAGGAAAACAUAAAUGGACUCUACAAGAAAACAUGAAUGCCCACAUUAAUGUUUCAUUCGUCUUGAUUUUAAAGUUUUGUUUUCCGAUUUUAUUUUUCUAUCUUGAAUACUGUGCUGUAGUGGUAAAUGUACCCUACAUGGUAUCACCUUAAGUCCAUGUAGUCAAUAACACAUGUUUUAAUAGUUGGAUUUGAUAUCACUUGAGCAAUCGCUGCCGUUUCUGAUGGUUUUCAUGAGAUGACCUAUGGUGAGGGAUUUGUGAGGUGUGCUAGAUGUUUAUUGGUUGCUGUGUGGCACAUGAAGCAAUGCUUGAUGGCUCUUUUUGGCUGGCUACACAUUAUGGACAAAUUGAAUUAGCUCACAGUUUAGACUCUUGACAGUGAUUUCACUUCCUGUGCCUGGACAAAAAUACCUAAAUGUGAUCCUGAAAAAAGAUCCUGAGUUUAAAGGAUUUGUUAAAACCAUAACUAUAUUUUUUUCCAAAUCAGAGUGGGAGUUGGGGAAACAAUCGUUCUCCCUGUGGGCCGGACCUAUGCAGUGAUGUCAUCAGGUGUUGCCAGUGUGCCACACAAAAGAGAGGGAACAACACUCACUCUGUUCAGUGCGAUGACGGUGGAGUCCUUCAUCUUGAGCGUUUUCUUCUUGUUUCUCAUAAUCCACUCGUAUUCUAACUCACAUGAUCCAAUGAUUGUCAAAAAAACGUAACCAGGGGUCAUUAAGUCCUAGAUUUUGAACCUAGGUGGGUCAAUGUUAAUGUAUCAAUGUGAGAUACCCUAACCUAAAGCAUAGAAGUGUGAACACACUGGGUCACUUCAAGAAAAUGUCGAGAGGAAGACAAUCCUCAUGGUUUUUGAUGAAUUACUUUAUACUUUUUUAUGGAGAAGUGUGUGAGAGGACAGAGAGAAUCAGCUCUGAGAGGGUCAGGAUGUUUCAAAGCACUUAACACACCUGUCACACUCACCAUACAGCCGACACAUUGGUGUUGUCUCUUUAUUAACGCAGUACUGUAUGUUUUUAGAUUAUUUUUUUUUGUAUUAAGACGAGGGUAGAAAGUAGCAACAGCACUUUGGAAAGUUUAAGCUUUUGGAGAAGUGAAGGUGGGAGCGGAUGUGCCAUGGGAUCACUAAGAGGAGAUGAUUGUAUCAGGUAUUGGAGAAUGUUUCCAGUUAGUAGACAGUUAGAGAAAAAAUAAUGUUGACAAAAGGAAUUUAGAAGUAUGAUGGUUCUCAGCAUGUGCACUUGGCCAGCCAGCCAGCCAUAUAAAGGUUAGGGGAAAGUAUUGGAAUGUGUUUUUGAAAGUUCAGGAUCUGGCAUGAGGAUUAACAAAGAACAGGCUUUUGAAAUAUCCCAAUGAUGUUCUGUACUCGACUGAGAGCAUCGAUUAGAAGCUCACGCCACAGAAUUUUGAGGGUGUCAUAUAUUUGUAAUGUGUGUGCGCAUGAGGUUGGGUCUGUGUAUGUCCGUACAAACGCUUACACAAACUCAAAACAGUACACACCAUCCCUGAAUGACCUGUAAUAUGUACUGUAUCGAGACGAAUGCGGACGCUUUGUGGUCCCUACUGCAAAGACACUAGUUGAAUGGAUUAAUGCACAGUACAGUACAGUAGAGUGGUGUGUUUGUGUACCUGUGUCAGUUUGUGUAUGAGUAUGUAUACUGUGUAUAGCAUAAAGGUUAUACUCACUUGAUAUAUAGACAAUGUUAAAUGUCCAGUGUUUCUACUUGGAGUCGUACUUAAUAGAAUCUUGCAAUUUGCACAUCAGGAGGAGGGAGAAGGGUGGAGACGUGAUGUUGAACCGCCCGGUCCUGAAACGAGCCCUAGACCACGUGACACACUGGAGGAGACCAGGGUCUUUGUUCCUCAGCAGGCACUUGUCACAUUAUAGAGGAAAAUAAAUGCAGUUAAGGUCAAAUUACAUUUUUAGGAACAUAACCUUAGCUGUAAAACAGAAUUUUAACACGUGCCUGCCUACUGAAUUUACUGACUUAAGAUAUGCCAUUUAUCCAAAGGAACAUUUUGACUUUUUGUCCACUUUUCUGCUGUUGAAACCAGGGUGCAGGGACUAUGGUUCAGUUUUGAACACGGCCUGUGCUUUCAGUCAGCUGAAACCCUAUUUGCGGCAAACGAUGCAGAAAUUACCUCAACAGAUACGCCUGCUUGGUUGUCCCAGAAUGUAACUGUUUUAUUAAACUAAAUUGGCAAUUCUUUUUAAAUUCAUCAGUGGAGUCUGGGAUUUAAAGAUGUGGAUUCUUGCAGGCAUAUCUGUUGAGCGUUCUCCUCAGCUUCUGCAUUCAGGUAUUGGUAUAGAGAAAGUCGUUGGUUGCCUCUUAGAAGCAUAUCAGUCAAAUUUGAAUCCCACUGAUAAUGUAGGUGUUGGUGUGUUGGGCAACGCUUCAGGUGGUGGGAGUUUACCGGGGUGAUGGUGGGAUGGAUGUGUGCUCAGAUGGAUGAAGAAUGUUUUAGAUGUUGAUGGGGAGUGAAUGAGUAGACCCCUUAUGGGAUUUGAAAAUGCUUUAUUUUUUUACAAUAAAACGGGGUUUCACAAAUCAACCCCACCACAGUGCAUUUUCAUUUCUUCCUUUUCCAAUUGAAUCAUAAUGAUCAUUACGAGUACAAAUAGAAAUAUGUGUGUGUGUAUGUUUUGCAAUCUGUGUGUGGCUGUGUUUUGUAAAUGUCAUACACACAACCCCUUCCCAACAAUUGUAAAAAUCAGAACCACAACAUGUUAUCAAACCUUUCAUCUGCUUAGAGCAUUUUUAUGUUUAGCCAAAGCCAAUUGAUGCUGAAGUUUGGUUAAUUUAGAAAGCAAUAGUAUGACUAAUAUUCAGGCAAUCUCCUUGUGUAUGAGUUGAACACACAAACACAAACAACCACAGUCAUUCCGCUCAAAUUCUCGGCAAUAAACAUGUAAUAAAAACCAUCUAACAUCGAACCAAAACUCCUCCUUUCCUCCUUAUAGAGAAUACAAUCUUGCCAUAUAUUAUUAAAUGUUUUUCGAAGCCUAAACCUGAACAAAGUGUUCUUCAGUUAGCACUAUUCCCCUUAUCAUAGAGUACAUUUUAACCUUAAGGAAUUGCAGUUGCAACACCAGUUGCUAGUUUUUCAGGGAAGUGUCUCAUAUAUGCAGUAACUGACCCCCAACACCUCACACGUCCCAGCUGGUCAGAGUCAUAAACUCGAGCUGCAGGAGAGCAAAAGUCACAUGCACCUGAAGUAACCAGCGGAAACCUCGUUGCCACGACUCCCGUAGUGACCUCGUUAACAUUGUUUCAGGUACCCAAUCAUAGCCAGCCAGCCUCACACCUCCUCCUGAGGCCAAGCAAUGGAAUAUUAACCCUCAACAACCGCUAGCUACCUUUCAGUGUGGCCUGGGCUGCCUGUCCCCCUCCUAACAUCAUCUUUUGAUAUUCGGUCUCAUUUUCACCUCUUGCUUAAAAAAAAAAGGUCAUUGUGUUUAUACUUCAAUGGAAUUAACUAUGAAACAAAGCAAUCUGGAAUGUAGACACAUUCUGAAUGCCAGCAAGGUUUCCUAAUUUUUCGAGUGUAGUAUUUUUCUUUUAUUAAGAUAAUCCCAAGUUUGUAUCCCCUUGAAAUGUCCCACGAUGUGCAAUACUUACAUGUAUCCCUCCCUUCUUUGCUGUGCCAAGUGUAUGUAGCAUAGUCCUACUCCAGUGUAUCAUCCUUGUUACUGUCUGUCGAUGUGUGCGUCACAUCUGUAAAACAAGAGUCAGGAUGUUUGUGAAGCAAAACAAACCCAACGGAGAGUUUGUCCGUACCUCCCUUUCCCUUUUGUCCUUGCGGCCUUUCUAAAUUUGAGUGUGUGAGAGACUGUGUCGUACCUCCUUUGUGCAUGCGUGUAUGUCCGCACCAUGUGUGUAGUAUGUGUGCUUAUGUUCACCUGAUGGUGUUGUGUGUGUGUGUGUGUGUGUGUGUGUGUGUGUGUGUGUGUGUGUGUGUGUGUGUGUGUGUGUGUGUGUGUGUGUGUGUGUGUGUGUGUGUGUGUGUGUGUGUGUGUGUGUGUGUGUGUGUGUGUGUGUGUGUGUGUGUGUGUGUGUGUGUGUGUGUGUGUUUUCUCCUGUAAUUGUCUGUGAGAUCAUAAACCCUGACCCUCGGCGGUUCAUGGUGAAACCCGCAGAAAAAAAAGAAACCUCAUUGCUUAGUGGGGACCACUUUUUGUACAAAAAAACAAAAAGGAAAAAAAAACAACCAACCAACAGAGAUGCACAUGUAAGUAGAUGUUAAAGACUUGAUAAUGUUUCAGCACUUUCUAAUCCUAGGAUGGGCUUGGUCUAACCCCUCUGUCUCAGACCGAAACCUUGCCUAGGGGUAACAUUCAUUCAAAACAGACAGAGAGAAUGAGAAAGAUAAAAAAGGGGUGAAUAAGGAUGAAAAAGAGAGAUGGUUCAGUUUAAGUUUUUGCACAUCACCUCUCCGUAACCUUGUUGUGUCUGUCUGUGCUCCAUCUCGCUUGGCGCCCGGCGCGUUCUUGGGUCCAACGGGCCGAGGUGUUAGGUGGUUCCUUGGUUCUUUUCUACUAUAGGAAAACCUUUUCUCAUGGAAUGCAUCCCUUCUUUUGUUGUGUUCGGGUUUGUUUGAAAUCUUUUCCACCCUACACCAACCCGAGCUGUGAUGUUUAGUUUGGUUUAGUUCACAUUUUUUAGAUCAAAUUUGGCCUACGUGUUUGGCACAGCUUUGGUUGGUCGUGCGGUGUGAAAACGGUGCGUACAAACCUCAGCAUUGUUUUUAUCAUUAUCUUUGGUGCAGGAGCUUUUUCUGUGUUUUAGUCUCCUUGUAGCACUAGAUAUAAUGUCAGGGGACUUAAAACUAUGUAGAGAAUGUGUCAUUGUUGAGUUUUUAUGACAAGCUUCCUCACUGGAGGAACACUGCUAAUGUCUUUUUUUUUUUUAUUGGCUUCUUGCACAAUUUUACAAAUAAAAUGAAUGUUGGUGUGUGAGCUUUGACUUUUCAGAUCAGAAAAAAGGCAUGUGUGCUCUUGUUUCUUGAUGUUUGUACUUUCAUUUUGCAAAAAGGAUGUGUUUUUGGCACUUUGUUGUGUUUUAAAAGUGAACAGAAUUCAAUCAGGAUUCCUUUUUUUUCUCUUUUUUUUUGUAUGACGUCUCGUCAAUGUCCAUAGCGCUGGAUAACCAACUCAGGCAGAAAGAAAAAAAAAACUUGUAGAGGCCCACGUAAAAGUUUAGUUUCACCCCAAUCAAUUUACAUAGUGGGCUGUUUCAUAUGGGUUAUAAGAUAUGUAAAUGUAUUACAUAUAAUUUGAUAUGAUUAACAAUGUUGUUAAUGACAAUUAACUAUGAAUUAUUAUUAUGAUAUGUGUAUUAUGCUGGAGAUGGCUUGGAUUACUCUUCAGUGUACUGAGCGUCUUUGUUCGGCCUCUCCGUACAACAAACACUUCAGCAGGGGACAGGCUGUACGGCUGGUGACCUCUGACCCUGCCCACUGCCACGGAGGGGGUGGAGCUUGUCUGUCAGCCGUGGCUCCGUUGAUUCCCCCCCCCUGUUCUGAACACUCAGCCCUGAGGCCAGCAAACUGUCUGUCUAGAUGUUUCUCUGCUUACCGGAGACACCAAGAACUGAACUGAAACUUGUUGGCCUAUAAGACGGUAGCAGAGAAGCGGACAUCAGCACAGACCUGCUCGGACAGUCUGGCCUGCAGGGGAGGGGCGCAGCAGUCCCAGCCAACUUGUUUGUACUAUAUUGUACUCACUAAGUCCCUGUGUCUCACCACCCUUUUCCUCUAUAGCAAUGGAGAAACCCUGUUGGUGUAUGUAUUUGACAUCUGUACAAAUGCACCUCUUUGAAAAAGAAAAAGAAACCUUGACAUAUCUGGAAUAAA